GUUAUGACGUCGGAGAAUGACACGGAAAUUAUAGAGAGUCUUGAACUACUUAAAAACGUUGGUUCUCAUACAGGAUAUCUAAGUCAAGCGUUUUGGUAUAAUGACACAGAAAAACAAUUGGGUAGCGAUUUCGGAGCUGCAAAUUCUCUAUUCGGCGAAGCGAUUCUGAGGCUUGCUCGAGAUCAACCUCACGUUUUAUUUGAUAGGCCGCCUCCUGAUAAUCAUCCUUAUAUUGC